AAAUCGGGGGGCGUUCCUCGGCAACACGAAGCUAAUGAAACAGCUCGUCGUCUCCAACCCUCCUCGCUCGAUCUCUCCCUCCUCAAAUCUCUCUCUCUCUCUCUCUCUCUCUCUCUCUCUCAGCGAGCACGAAUUCGGAGGCACAUCGGGCGGCGGGGGAUCCUGUCGCUCGAGUCCAAUCCAAGUAACCUUGAAAGUCUCUUUUCCAGCACAUGGCAGGUUCAAAUGGUGAGAGAGAAGAAGAAUGGAUUGAAAAUGUAAAAUCCAGUGGAGCAGUUCCCUUUUGUGAACCAGAGAAUUGCCCAAAUGGUUGGUCAACCCCACCUAACAAUAUAUUUUUGGUCAGAGGACCUGAUUAUCUCUCAAGUAAAGUAAAAAUACCAGCUGGGGAAUACCUUUUAAAACCCCUAGGGUUUGAUUGGAUUAAAGGUUCCACGAAAAUCAUGGAAGUACUAAAAAAUCCAAAUCACCGCGUGAGAAAAGCCAUUGAUGAGGAAACUGCAAAUGGUCACCAACCUUUCGUAUGGGCCUUCAAUUUGCAAGUUCCAAGCAAGGAUAACUUAAGUGCAAUUGCAUAUUUUGUAACGUCUGAACCUUUAGAUAAUGGGUCCCUUGUGGAUCGGUUUUUGAAAGGUGAUGAUGCUUUCCGAAACUCGAGGCUUAAAUUGAUAGCUAACAUAGUCAAAGGGCCUUGGUUAGUUAGAGCAGCUGUGGGUGAGCAAGCUAUCUGUAUCCUGGGGAAAGCAGUUUCCUGCAAAUAUAUUCUUGGGCCAAACUACAUUGAGGUUGAUGUGGAUAUUGGAUCUUCAAUAGUGGCAAAUGCUAUUGUUCAUUUAGCAUUUGGGUAUGUCACAACCCUAACAGUCGAUCUAGCAUUUCUUAUUGAGAGCCAAGCUGAAUCAGAGCUUCCUGAGAGAAUUCUUGGAGCAGUUAGGUUUUCAGAACUUAAUCCGGCGUCAGCCGGCCUGUAUGAAGUACCAUCUGAAGAAACUAUUGGGAAUUUGCAAUCCUCACUUUCUACAAGAUUAUGGAGGUCUUUUGGUCAAGGCUUCUCUAAUCUUCUACACCCGAGCAAUGAGGAUGAGUUGGAUUCAAGUUUACGCAAUGUCAAUGGCAAUCUUCAUGGAGAAGAUGGUGGAGGAAGUAUGAAUUGACUCUUCUGCAGAUACUCAGCUUCUCUGUUUGUGGUUUCCUGAGAAACAGGGAGAUACAGAAUCACUGAAAUACCACACUUUUUCAGGCAAGGGAAACCGAAUACAGAUUUACGGGGUUGAUUUGCAAACCUGUUAAUUAUUUGUUCAUUUUUCUUAAGAUUAGGAGGCUUUGAUGGGAACUGUGUUCCUUGUGAGCGCAUUGCUUCCUAUUUGUGCAUCAUGUUAUUCACGAUUAACGGUUCUACUAUAUACAUAGAAUGGUCAGAUGUACAUGUGCGAGUGUUUGUCGUGUCGUUUGUGUUUCUUUUAAUUAUGCAGAACACAUUGCGCGAGGUAGUGGUGGACGAAAUAUUUCGUAUGCGGAGUAAAAGUAGCAGCUAACCAUGCGAGGACAGUUACAGGUUCGACUCGACCCCCGUCUCCUGAGAGCAGUUACUUGAUGUAAAAAUGCUGAAGGUUAUUGGUGUCUGCAGAUACUCCCUUCUUCGAUCGAACUUCGAUCGAAAUUGUAACAAUAGAAGAUGCAAGUAAUGCAGACUUGAAUGA